CGUGAAUAACUGGCGUGGCCGUCCCGGCUGCCGUACAAUGGGAACGUCACGGGUCAGAGUUGAGCGGAGAGAAAACAGAAACAGCAUGGAGACCGAAGAGAGGAGGAGAAGAGGCGGUUCUGCUAAAAGUUCCAAAAAAGGUGGGAGAUGUGCCAAACUACGGGCCGCGGAAGAAGAAGCAAGAGGGAGAGAGAAGGUGAAGGAGAGGCUGAGAGAGAAGCUGGAGCUGGAGAGAAGAGCCCUGGCGGUAGUGGAGCGCCUCCUGGAGGACAGUGUGGCUGAAGACUUCCUGAUUGACUGUGCCAGGUUCAUCACUCCUGCUAAUUACAAAGACACUGUGGAGGAGAGAUUCAUUGCCAAACUCUGUGGUUAUCCUCUAUGUCCAAACAAACUCGGCAAGAUCCCAAGUCAACAGUAUAAAAUAUCUACCAAGACAAACCGGGUUUAUGACAUCACAGAGCGGAAGUGUUUUUGCAGUAACUUCUGCUACAAAGCUUCGAAAGAGUAUGAGCUACAGAUAUCAAAGACGCCUCUCUGGCUCAGGCAGCAUGAAAGUCCUCCGCAGAUUAGGUUGCUGAAGAAAGGAGAUGGUGGGAGCUCUGGUAAGGAGGUGAUGCUGUCAGAGAGGCGCCUCAACGAGGAGGACAUUGAGAACCCCCCGGCUGCUCCAUCUGAGGACCUCCAUGACUCUCAGCGUGGCUCUGCAGGAGGUGACUGCAGUCAGAGCAGUGAGAGUGACCCGAAGCAGGACUUUGUCUCCACCGUGGUCUCCCAGCAGCAGAGACUCCGGGUGCACUGGGCCGACCUUCCAAAACACACAGAUGAAGACGGGAACCAGACUGAACACCUUCAAAUUCAAAACCCAGAAAAAUGGGGGGAAGUAAGAGGAGAGCAGGAAUGGAUGGAGUUGUGUGCUGAUAAUGAUGCAUCUCCUGAGGACCAAAGUGUGGACGAGGCCAUGGUAAAGCUAAAUGAGUGUAGAGUGUCAGAGAGAGUCAUUCCCGACACUGACGUGCCUGUAAACACACAGACUGAAGUCACAAGUUCACCCACUGCUUCAUUUAUUGGAACUAAACCCUCAGCAGGAAGCAAACAAGCAUCUUCAACUCCAACUGGAGCUCCAUCAAACUCACCAGGUCUCAGCAUCACCCAGGUGGGCAUGAGCAGGAAAGGAGCUGCCGGCCUGAGGGAUCUCCUAAAAAAGCACGCCAGAGAAGUUGAUCCGGACUCAGUAAGGCUGAAUCUUCUGGAGUGCCUGAAGAGGACGCUGAACGAAUGGUGCACAGAUGAGACUCUAAGCUUCCUGUAUGGAGCUGAUCAUUCACUGGGAUCCCCGUUUGGUGAUUUAAAAGAAACAAAGGAGGAGGAACUGGAUGAAGACGACCUCGAGGAUGAUGAUGACAUGACAGAGCCUGGAGCUGAAGAGCAGGAGAGGCCACUGGCCGCAGCUCCAGACUAUGAGACACUGCAGAAGGAGAUGGAGCAGCUGCAGCUAAGAGUCAGUGAGUUUUACAAAGGAACAUGGAUUCUGCCUGAGGAAGAGCAGGAGCUGAGUGCACACAAGCUCACAGUGCAGGACUCGGCAUCAACGGGUCCAGUUUUGCCGCUUAUUGACUCCCAAGCUCAGGACCUCAUCCAGAAACGGAUUACAGUGGAGAAACUCAGCUGCUGUCUCAGGAACAUUGUAGGUCCAGUGGGCCUCGCCAUGAGCGACAUCUCCACAGACCUGAACAACCUGGUCAGGACAUUAAGGUUCACCAACACCAACAUUAUUCACAAAACUCCAGAGUGGACCCUCAUAGCUGUGGUGCUUCUGCAUCUGUUAUCAGAUGUGUCUGCGGUGGUGCGUGAAGCCUUGGAGAUGUCAGCAUCAGUGCAGUAUUUAAACACUCUGAUGGAGGAGCUCGGCCUACAGGAGCAGGACCUUCUGAGCCUAGUUCAGCUGUUUAAAUCUUCAACAAACUGACAAAAAGUAGACUUAAAGAUAUAUAGUCAAUAUUUUUAAUCAUAUUAAAAAUUGAUCAUUUGAAGAAAAAAAGGCUUGUAUGUUUUUGUUUUGAUGUGAAGCUAACAGGUUUGGGAACUGCAGCUAAGAGGGUCAUCUUAGGGUCACCAAGUCACCACAAAACACAAUUAGAUCUGCUCUAUAUGCCAGCUUGUUUGGGAGGCAUACUGAACUGCUGGUGUAGCAUGGAACAAAAACUAUGGAGGAUCUGUGAUGUGGACCCUUUUCUUCUCCAAAGGGCCUGGGAACCUUGUUCAAGUGCAGGGCAUCAUGGACUUUUUGAAAUGCAUGGAGAAUAUUAACCUGCUUAACUGAAAAUUGAAUGUUACUGGAUCUUUUAACAGGAUAAUUAUACAAAACAUAUGGCCUAAUCUAAAUAGAACUGGUUCAGUAGACAAAAUCAACUUUCUUCUUCUCAGUCCUCAACUCUAAAUCCUGUACAGAACCUGUGGGGGAGCUAAAGAGAAGGGAGCAUAAGGGUGGCCUCAGGACUCUGGAUGAUACAGGGAGGUAUGAGAAAAGAUCCCUCUGCAUGCUCCAACCUUGUGAAAUGUUAUAGGACAAUGUGUUUUGCUGUUGGAAACAAGGGUUUUACAGUAUUUUAGUAUUUUGUAAAAGCAUGUUGACUACAGGACUAACAUUAACAGUGGUACCAAUGAUCUUGUUAAAAAAUUCCUUAACAUUGUUUUUUUACAGUAAAAAAAAUUUACUUAAAGGUUGGUUUUUUUCAGCGAUUGUGUUACAGUAAUGAAGGUUUUUCAUCCAACUUUACCAGAGGUACCAAUAAAUGUGUCUGAUCGUAUAUGUUGUGAA